AGAAGGAACAGACUUACUGUCUAUUGCACAACCUAAAUCACACUAUCCAUUUCACAUCUCCAACUAUCUUCUUACCAAGUGAAAUCAUUUCAUGGGUUACUUUUAAGUGCAUUAAUACUAUUUAUCUAUUCUACAUACUCUUAUUAUUAUUAUUCUAUACACUAUGAAAAUAAUAACUCUAUUGUUAAUAACACAAUCAAUUAAAUUAGCGUCGAGUUUAAAAUUAUUGCCGCAUGAAAAACUUAUUAAAGUACAGACUCCCCAAGAAGCUAAUGGUACCAGGUUUAUACUAGACUUUAUUGGAAUUGCGAGACAGUUUGGAUAUAAAGCGGAGCAGCAUAAUGUGACGACAAGUGAUGGAUAUAUUUUACAAAUAUUCAGAAUUCCUAAUGGUAAAGAGUCGGUUGGAGUUGAUAAUAAACCGGCGAUUUUAAUCGAACAUGGAUUGAUGGCUUCUGCGGAUAUUUGGGCGACGAUGAAGAGAUCGCUUGCUUAUUUUUUAGCUGACGCGGGCUAUGAUGUUUGGAUAGGGAAUGUAAGAGGCAAUACCUAUGGUCGUGCUCAUCAAACUUUAUCACCUGAUAAUCCUUUAUUUUGGAAUUUCACUUUUCAUGAAUAUGGUGUAAUAGAUUAUGCAGAAACAAUUGAUUAUGUGCUUGGAACAAUUAACCAAACAUCGUUAACGUACAUCGGUCAUUCAAUGGGAGGAACUGCUGUUUUUAUUUUACUAUCUGAAAAACCCGAGUACAAUGAAAAAUUAAAAGUGAUAAUCGCUUUAUCACCAUCCGCAUACUGGAAAGCGAAAAUUCCUACAAGACAAUUUUCCCUGAGUUCACUUUAUCACUUUGGAAAACUGAUUGACCCCACGGGGUUGUCUGAAUUUAUGCCACAGAGUGCGGUGUUUGGAGACUUAUUCAAGGAUUUGUGUCAAAAAAAUAAUAUUAUGGAUCUUUGUGUAGCUGCGGUGGAACUUGCAAGUGGUUAUGAUUAUGAACAGAUUGAUAAUGAUGAAAUGAUAUAUUUAUCUUAUUAUUAUCCCGCUGGAACAUCAACAAAAACUGUAUAUCACUACUGUCAAUGUGUAAUAAGUGGUGAUUUUCGUCAAUUUGAUUAUGAAGAAAAUAAUAUCUAUUUCUAUGGACAAGUAAAGCCGCCUGCUUAUAACGUGAGCAAUAUAGUAGCGCCGAUGGUAAUUAUUUACGGUGAAAAUGAUCCACUGAGUACUUUAACCGACAAUAAAGAAUUGGCAAGACGUGUGAUGCAUAAUGUAACUAUUGUAAAAGUUGACUAUCCAAAAUUUAGUCAUUUGGAUUUUGUGAAAGCUAAAGAUGUCAAAAAAUUACUCUACCCUAAACUGAUGGACGCUGUGUCAAAGUAUAACUAAAAAUGUAUAUAUUAAUUAGUAGGAAAUAAAAUCUGUAAAUAACUCGAUAACUUGUAAUGUACAUUAGCUGUAUUUUUAAUUAAAUCAAGCUACAGUAAUAAUAAAUUUAAUUUUAAAAGAUA